AUGCGGCGGGCGGGCAGGCGCGGCAGGCAGGCCCCGGAGGGCAGCCCCAUGGAGAACGGGGUGGGGCAGGAGCCGGGGACCCCCGAGCCACCUGCAGCCGAGGGCAUCCCGACCCCCCGGCCCCCCCGGGCCCGCCCCCGCCUGGUGUUCCACACGCAGCUGGCCCACGGCAGCCCCACGGGGCGCAUCGAGGGCUUCACCAACGUCAAGGAGCUCUACGCCAAAAUCGCGGAGGUUUUCGGCAUCUCGCCCACCGAGAUCCUCUUUUGCACGCUCAACACGCACAAAGUGGACAUGCAGAAGCUGCUGGGGGGGCAGAUCGGCCUGGAGGAUUUCAUCUUUGCCCAUGUGCGGGGUGAGACAAAGGAGGUGGAGGUGACCAAGACAGAGGAUGCCCUUGGCCUCACCAUCACGGACAACGGGGCUGGCUACGCUUUCAUCAAGAGAAUCAAGGAGGGCAGCAUCAUCAACCGGCUCCAGACGGUGUGUGUGGGUGACAGCAUUGAGGCCAUCAAUGACCAGACCAUCGUGGGCUGCAGGCACUACGAGGUGGCCCGAAUGCUGCGGGAGCUGCCCCGGGCUCAGCCCUUCACCCUCCGCCUGGUGCAGCCCAAAAAGGCCUUUGACAUGAUCGGGCAGAGGACGCGGAACAGCAAGUGUCCGGGCGAGGGCAGAGUGACCAGCGGGAAGGAGACGCUGCGGCUGCGGGCACAGGGCCCCGCCACGCUGGAGGAGGGGCCCGGUCUCUUCGAGGAAGAAGCCGCCCGGCAGGUGGAUGAUCUGCUGGAGAGCUACAUGGGCAUCCGGGACAGCGAGCUGGCCUCGACGAUGGUGGAGGCAGCUCGGGGCAGCUCCAGCGUGGCCCAGCUCGCCCGCGGCUUGGACUCGGUGCUGGGCGAGUUUGCCUUCCCCCCGGAGUUUGUGGCCGAGGUGUGGGCAGCUGUCUGCCGCCCCAAGGGGGGGCAGGAGUAG